CGAGUGAAUGAAUGUACGUUUAUAUUUCAGAAGGAAACAUUUGGAUAUUUAAAUGAUUAUGUACACAUGUGACGUUUUAACCUUCUAACAGGACACAGAGGCUUCAAACGACCAGAUGAAGCAAAAUGAGCUCUCAUCAUCAGCGGUGAUAACAUCAGGGCAGAUGUGGAAAAAUCACGCUCAGGUAACCCAGUCUGUACUUGCAGAAUGCGUGUCUGACAUCCUACCACGCUUGGCUGGCAGCAUGAAGGACUGGCAUGGUGCCACAAGAUCCAGAAACAUGCAAAUAUCUAAAUGGUUAGGAUGGCGGUGGUUUCGAGGUCCUCCGUCGUUCAGGGCGUGUCUAUGUGAUGCUUAUAAAGCCCUGGCCCCGAGCCUGAUCUACAUCGCCGCCCUGGUGGUGGUAGUUCUGUACGCACUCACAGAUCACCUGCACAGCUUCCUGUGUCGACUCUUCAUGUCGCAGUACCACUACCCGUAUGCCGCGCCCCUCGCCCUCAUGCAGGUGGUUUUAAACCUCCUGAUGUUACUGGCUCUGCACCUUCUGGGUCUGGUACGACUGAAUCCGUUCUCCUGGAGGCUGGCUGAGAAACUCUUGGUACCGGCCGUGUGUGGCAGCGUCCAGGCCGUUUUGGCUCUGUGGGCGGAGGCGAGCGCUCACUCCGGCCUGUACCCUCUCGCCGGUCAGCUUCUGCCCCUCGCCGGCCUGACCUGGACUCACCUGCUGGCGAAGAGCAAGCCCGGAUUCACCCACUUCACCUGCUUCAUUACAGCAGUCACCGUCAUGUCUGUUGGGAUCUCAGCGUACGAGGGCCUGCACGCCGUCCAGCCGCUGGAGUACAUCUACUCUCCGCUGAGUGUCCUCCUGCACAGUCUCUCUCUGACCUGGCUCAGCAAGCUCGGCAAGUCCAAGCAAGGCCACACCUCCACCUUCGACCUCUACUACGGGCUGACGGUGAUCCGGAGCGUGGCGCUGGUCCUGCUGUGCGCGCUGCACCCGGACACCCCGCGGGCCUUCACCCACGGUAGCUGGCACAGUCUGAUCUUCAUUGGCUUCAUCUCGGGGACGGUCCUCUCGGGGGCCGCGAUGCACUUUCUGGUGGACGUCACGGCGCUGAGCAGCUCCGCGCCCGCCGCCGCCCUGCUACACUCCGCCAGAGGACUCGCGUUGCCAAUUUUUAACCUGUUAUAGAACAGACCGGCAUUGUACGCUCAAUCACUGCAUCUCAAAGGACAUUCGCGGACAUUCUGAGAAUUUAUUGUAUGACUUCUUGGAGGGUCGUUCAGCAUCUGUACAGGAUUUAGGCUUUUAAAAUGAACUGAUUAAGGUUCUUGCUCAAGGGUCCAAAAGUGGCAGCACGCAACCUUUUACUCGAUAGUUCAGUAGCUUAACUAGUUAACUAUGUUUCUUUAUGGUGAGGAUCCAUAACUGUACAAACAGCUGGCUAAUGGGAAUCAUGGUCAGUGUUUGAUUCUAUUUUUAUUAUAAUUAUAUUAUUUUUCAGUGUUAAAAAUGGCUGAUCUUGUCACCCAGGUGGCACAGCUGGCGAAUCCAAGUGGCAGCCCGGUGAUGCCCAUAACCUUCCAGUUGAAAGUUCAGUAGCCUAACCAUGAGAUGCUCCUGCCCGCAUUAUAAAUGAUAUUUAAUGUUAUGAUAUUUAAACCGACCAUAAAUCCAAGACCUUAGGUACACGUGACCACAAGCUUGUGGACAGCCGGUGUCAUGUCCAUACGUCUCGAUGGUCCCGUUCCAAAACCGUGAGUUUUACUACUGAGGUGAUCUUUAAAAAUGUACUGUAUUUAAAAAUCUUAAUAAAUGAGGGCUGCUCGUCCUCCAACGGCGCCGCCCUGCUGGACAGAUCGAGACGUUUCUGGAUUAGUUUUUCGUUUCGUUUCACUAAUCAGAAGUGAAAUCACCCCAGUUCCAGUCUCAGCUGGUCAGAUGAUGACCCUAGGACACUAUUAUCAUAAAUAAUUAAAUGUAUGUUUUUAAAUGUAUAUGAAAUGAGGGGUUUACAAAGCCGUUUAAUGCUUCGAUACUCCAGCGAACCACAGUGAGAGUGAUUAUGUUGAACCGAAAAGUGUUUUCAAGCGACCCACAUUUUGUUAAUGAUUUUUUACCCAGGCAACACAAACGAUGCAUCAAAACGAAACACAAAAUGAAAUAUAUUUAAUUAUUUAAUAAAAAUAGAGGCAAUCUGGUCCCACUGUGGUUUACAAGAUGUGAUGUAAAGCCUCCACAAGGGGGCGCUCGUGUACAAGUUUUUUUUAAAAAUUAUUUUCUCUGUGACCCAGUUUUAAAAACUCUAAUUUAUAAAAAUGCUUUAGUUUUUUGUGACAAAAAGACGAUAGUAGACGCAAGCAAAAGGGUGCAAAUACUUUUUCACAUCCCUGUGUAAUGAACUCUCAAUACAAUCCUGUAAGUGCUUCACAAAACCACCUUUAUUUCCAUUUCUGUACAAAACCAUGAGAACUUAUUUAUAAACAUGAGUAGAAUUCUGUAAUCUGCACCCCUCCCAUGUCCGACAGCGCCCCCUAGACUUCAGGCUCAGGAGGGGUCGGCGUUCGGGGGCAGGCGGAGCCCGAGGCUGUGCAGCAGGUUGGAAGCGGGUCCCGCCAGGCCCGCCUGGGAGGACAGCGACUCGAGGAGAUUGGUCACCAGGUUCACGUCCACGUCCAGCGGCCGGAGGUCGUCUUCUGUCCACCCGGGGCCGUCGGGCGCUCGUCCACCUGCGGCGCCGCCCUGCUGGACAGAUCGAGACAAAUCAACCCAAGUUCAAGGCUUGGCUGGUCGGAUCAACAAACAUGACCAGACGAGGAGCUGAGGGUCAAUCUGUGGUCAGGAAAUCAUGAUUUGUACUUGAACAUGUUCUCACCUUGAAACUCUGGCCGACGUUGGUGGUCUGGAGCUCCUGGUCCAUUUCGUCCAUGUAUUUCCUCAGACUGUCCAAGGUCUCGGCUCCUGUCUGCGUCUGAGGUCCUUCUUUCACCACCUCAUCCUCCUCCUCCUCCUCAUCAUCAUCAUCAUCAUCGAAAUCAUCUGAGUCCAGCUCCUCGGCUUGGCCACCUGAAAAUCAAAACUCGUAUCACUAUAGACAGGUGGUGGACAAAAUAACAGAAACAGUGUCGGAGUGUGUUAGUCACGGCUCUCCUCAGUCAGACUGGAGGUCAACAUGCAAUCGGGUAAUUGGAUACUACCAGAAUGGGGGACAAAUAGAUGAAAAUGAAUAAAAAAUUAUUAAGAAAUUA